UCCCACAAUCCUCUCCUCCGCGCCCCGCCGAAGAUGGCGCUGCUGGGGGCUCCGUGGAGCCUGGCGGCGGCUGCUUGCCAUAAGCGGCGGCUGCUCGCCCUCGCCCUGCUGCGUUCUCCGGCGGCGGCCGCCGCCUGCGCGCACGGGUGGCUGGCGGCGAACGGCCGGCAGCGGCCCCGAGGGGCCCCGCGGAGCCGCCAGGUUCCACCAAUCUGCAAGCAAAGAUCGUGGCCCAGCCUGGGGGGAGAUUAUUCAAGGCCAUUAUUAGAGGCUUCAGAGAUCCUCCCGAGGUGGCAGCUGAUAGAAAAGAGAACAUGUUGGCAUGGUCAUGCAGGUGGAGGCCUUCAUACAGACCCAAAGGAAGGGCUGAAAGAGAUCGAUGCCAAAAAGAUCAUCAGAGCGAUGUUGUCUUAUGUGUGGCCCAAAGACAGACCAGACCUGCGAGCCAGAGUUGCCAUAUCCCUAGGGUUUUUAGCAAGUGCAAAGGCCAUGAAUAUAUUGGUUCCCUUCAUGUUUAAGUAUGCAGUAGACAGCCUCAACCAGGUAUCUGGCAACAUCCUCAACCUCAGCGAUGCACCAAGUACAGUGGCAACUGUGGCAACUGCUGUUCUCAUUGGCUAUGGUAUCUCAAGAGCUGGAGCAGCGCUAUUUAAUGAAGCUAGAAAUGCAGUAUUUGGGAAGGUAGCUCAGAAUUCAAUCAGGAGGAUAGCAAAGAAUGUGUUUUUGCACCUUCAUAACCUGGAUUUGGCCUUCCAUCUAAGUAGGCAAACCGGAGCUCUGUCAAAAACCAUCGACAGAGGAACAAGAGGCAUCAGUUUUGUUCUUAGUGCUUUAGUAUUUAAUCUGGGACCUACAAUGUUUGAAGUGGCACUAGUCAGUGGAAUUCUGUAUUACAAAUGUGGUGCAGAGUUUGCUUUAGUGACUCUGGGGACACUAGGAGCCUAUGCAGCAUUCACGAUAGGGAUUACUCAGUGGAGGACUAAGUUUCGAAUAGAAAUGAACAAAGCAGAUAAUGAUGCCGGUAACGCUGCGAUUGACUCGCUACUGAAUUAUGAGACUGUGAAGUAUUUCAAUAAUGAAAAAUACGAAGCCCAACGGUAUGAUGAGUUCUUGAUGAGAUAUGAGAAUGCCUCCUUGAAGACUACCUCCACUUUGGCUCUCCUCAACUUUGGACAGAGUGCUAUAUUUAGCAUUGGCUUGACGGCCAUCAUGGUGCUUGCCAGCCAGGGCAUUGUUGCAGGCAGCCUUUCUGUUGGAGAUCUAGUAAUGGUGAAUGGAUUGCUGUUCCAGCUUUCUCUUCCCCUAAACUUCCUGGGAACAGUAUACAGAGAGACAAGACAAGCACUUAUAGAUAUGAAUACCUUGUUUACACUUCUCAGUGUAGAUACCAAAAUUAAAGACAAAGAGCUGGCUCCACCCCUGCAGAUCACACCACAGACUGCUGCCAUCACCUUUGAUAAUGUGCAUUUUGAAUACCUUGAGGGACAGAAAGUCCUUGCUGGAGUGUCUUUUGAAGUCCCUGCAGGAAAGAAAGUGGCCAUUGUAGGAGGUAGUGGGUCAGGGAAAAGCACAAUCGUGAGAUUAUUGUUUCGUUUCUAUGAACCUCAGAAAGGAAAUAUUUAUGUUGCUGGACAGAACAUACAAGAUAUCAGUUUGGAAAGUCUCAGAAAGGCAAUAGGAGUCGUACCUCAGGAUGCUGUUCUCUUCCAUAAUACUAUCUACUACAAUUUGCUCUAUGGCAAUAUCGGUGCAACACCAGAAGAAGUGUAUGCAGCAGCAAAGCUGGCAGGAAUCCACGAUGCAAUUCUUCGAAUGCCAAAUGGUUACAACACUCAGGUUGGGGAACGAGGACUCAAGCUCUCAGGAGGAGAAAAGCAAAGAGUUGCAAUUGCUCGAGCAAUGUUAAAGGAGCCAUUUAUUCUUCUCUAUGAUGAAGCCACAUCAUCUUUAGAUUCAAUUACAGAAGAGAAUAUUCUCAGUGCCAUGAGGGACAUGGUGAAGCACCGAACAUCAGUUUUCAUCGCUCACAGGUUGUCAACAGUAGUUGAUGCAGAUGAAAUCAUUGUGCUGGAUCAGGGUAAAGUUGUGGAACGUGGUAGACACACAGACCUCCUUGCAAGUCCUAACAAUCUCUACCAUGAAAUGUGGCACACACAGAGCAGCAAAGUACUCAAUAGUCAUAACCAUCCGAACUGGGAAGAGAGGAAUAAUCGUAUGUCCAAAGAGGAGGAAAGGAAGAAACUAGAGGAAGAGAUCACCAAUAGUGUGAAAGGCUGUGGAAACUGUUCAUGCUAAGUAUGAUCUCGGCUUAAUCUUGUCUAAGAGGUUAAGGAUGCACAAGAUGACAGUGAAGCUCUUGUUUUUAAGUCAUCAUUCAAAAACUCCCUGGGUUUUACAGUUUUUGGGUUUUUACAGUUUCUCAGAGGGACAUAAUUUCAACCAAAAGAGUUCUAUUUUUUCAUCUUUAGGAAUCUCUGAUAUUCAGUGGCAUAUGCAGGAGGUGAGCUGCUUCAAAAACUUCAGACUUCUCAACUAAGAGUGUAAUUUAUGGCAGGUUUUAGGCAUUGGUAAACUCUCCUGGCAGGUGCUUGAGGUGGAUUAUUAAACUGUAAACAGAUUUGUCCUCAAUUUACAUUAUUUCUCAUCAUUAAUGGUUGAUAAAUGUCACAAUUUUAAUUGAGCUAAUUUGAACUCAUUUGCUAGAGAGGAAAAUGCAAUAUAAAUUCUUCAGUGGUAUUUUGGUUUAAAAUGUUCUUCCUUGUAAAGAAUAAGAAAAGCCCCACAAAAUAUCAGAGGCUUCUAGUAGCAAUAAAUACUGGAAUUGGCCAUCUCACCCUUCAAAAACACCUUUCAUACUGGGCUAUCAGACCAUGCAUUGGGAUUACUCUAAAAGAGAACUAACAGAGCUGUCAAGAAUCUGCGAUUGACAGAAUAUUGUGUGACUUCACAGAAAGCCACCACCAUGUUGUAUGUGAAUAUGAAGAAUUGGAAGCUGCCCUUAAGUUAAAGAGUCUGAAAUCAAAGAUUCUGUACCCUCAGCAUCUGCUGUAGUAGUCAAAGCAGAAUUCAGUCCCUUUUCUAUUUCAGUCGUGGUCCUGGGGCGCAAUUAAGAUUCAAUAAAGACUUCCAUAAAUUUCUAUCAUGUCAUUAAUGUAUGAGAAAAUGACCUGGAUAAUGGUAAAAGCAUUGCUAUAAUAAUCUCCUCAUGUCAAUAGUCAAAACCUCUUCAGUGGCAAGAAACCUCAGUCUUUGUGAUUUGCAGGACACUGCAGGUGUAUUGGGUUUGUGUGGCAAGGUUUUGGUAGCCAGGGGCCUAUAGGGGUGGCUUCUAUGAGAAGCUGCCAAAAGCUUCCCCUUUUCUGAGGGAGCCAGUGCCAGAUGGCUCCAAGGUGGACUCGCUGGCCAUGGCUGAGCCCAUCGGGAACAGUGGUAGCACCUCUGGGGUAACAUAUUUAGGAAGGCGGGGGGGGAACACUUGUGCAACAGCAGCAGCAGGCAGAAGAGAGGAGUGAGACUGUGAAAGAGCCCUGCAGACCUCGAGGUCAGUGCAGGAGGUGCUCCAGGCGCCAGAGCAGUGAUUCCCCUGCAGCCUGUGGUGCAGCCCGUGGUGAGGCAGGCUGUGUCCCUGCAGCCCAUGGAGGUGCACAGUGGAGCAGAUAUCCCCCUGCAGCCCAUGGAGGACCCCAAGCUGGAGCAGGAGGAUGCCUGAAGGAGGCUGUGACCCCAUGGGAAGUCUGUGCUGGAGCAGGUUUGCUGCAGGACUUGUGACCCCAUGGGGGAUUCGCACUGGAGACAUUUGAUUCUGAAGGAUGCACCCCGUGGAGGGGACCCACACUGGAGCAGCUCGCGAAGAACUGCAGCUUGUGAGAAGGACUCGCAUUGGAGAAGUUCCUGAACUGUAUCCCAUGGGAAAGACCCCAUGCUGGAGCCAGGGAAGAGUGUGAGGAGGAAGGAGCAGCAGAGACGACAUGUGAUGGAUGAACUGACCUAAACUAUUCCCUGUCCCCCUGUGUCACUCAAGGAGGAGGUAGAGAAACUGGGAGUGAGGUGGAGCCCUGGAGGCAGGGAGGGGUGGGGAAAAGGUGUUUUAAGAUGUGUUUAUUUCUUAUUAUCCUACUCUAAUUGGCAAUAAAUUAAACUGAUUUCCCAAAACAGAGUCCAGUUUGCCAUGACAGUAACGGGUGAGUGAUCUCCCUGUCCUGAUCUCAACCCAGGAGCCUUUUGUUAUAUUUUCUCUCCCAUGUCCAGCUGAGGAGGGCACUGAUGGAGAGGUUUGAGGGGCACCUGAGAUCCAGCCAAGAGCAACUUCAACCCACCAAGACAGGCUGUAUUUUUAGGCCUUAGCUCUUCAGGGAAAUUCCCCAUUUGUCACUGGUUAUUCUGGUGUAAUUCUUCAUGUUGAAUUUAAAAAUAAAGCUAUUUCCCUAUGUUGAAAAAUAACUUUUUUCCCUGGGGAAUUACACCAGUAUGAUUACACUGAUAGACAGUUAGGCUUGUAGAUCAGCUGCAGGAUUUCUCAGUGGGGGCGCCAGCAAAGCACUGAAUCUGAUGCUUCUGGAAACAUAGUCGCAAAUAGUGUUUAUUUUCCUUGUGUUACACCCUCACACUGCAACUAAAGAUGGGAACAGUACCUUAGUGGGACUGAAACCUUUGCUACAUUUUCUGCUAGUUACUCACUUUGGUAAAAUGAUGGGUGAAAAAAGUGAGUCUCCGGUUACAAAUGAUCUUAAAAGUAUAUGGAAUGCAAGGGCUUAUUUUCGUUCGUCCUUGGAGUGCAGAAGCAAAGCGAAUCCUUGUUCAUGCAGCGGCAGUUCAGGAUUCGAGCUUACAAUCUUCCUUUUCUUUCCACUAAUUGUCUCCUUUUUUAGUUCCUGACAGCGCUAAGGUUGCCUGUAAAGCUGCAGUUAUCUGAACUGCUAGAAAUGGUUAGCAAAGGUUUGUUAAAAAGUCUUUGUUUAGGAAGUCUCUCCCUUUCCUAUGUUGUGGAUAAUAAAAAACCAAACCAUGUGUUGUCGCUGCCCACCCCCACGAGCCAGUUUGUGGAAUAGAGUAUUUGUCCACUGUUGGGUGCAGCAGAUAAUGUGCAAAGGCUGUAAAUUGUAAUAUUGCAAUCCUAGCAAUUCUUACUUUCCUUUGACACCAGUAUGAGGAAUGUCAGUGGUCUGAAAGAUGGAGAAGUGCUGGGGUUUUCCCUCAAUGAUCAGGUUUCCAUGUUGUAGGGCUUGGACAUCCUAGUAAUUGCCAGCAGAGAGCACAGAAGCUGGUGUUCUUGGUGUCUGCAUCCCAAAGCCGUUUUAAUGCUAAAUUUGAUUGUGAAGGGAAGUUCUCAGCUGAGAGCUGGUGCAUUUCAUCACUGGGGAUGGACUUUGCAGGUUUUAGACAACAUGGUGAGUGUUAACGUUUGGCUUGUGAGUGGCACCUCAGAGCAAUACUUGGUGACUUCUUGUCUGCUAGAAGGUAAAGCUUGUGCUCUCUUUGGUUUUAGUUUUUGUUUUCAUAUACUAUGACUCGAGCAUCAGCAUUAGAAGCAGAUGUUUAAAACACUGAAUGGGAGGGUAACGGCUUUGGAGAGCCUCCUGCUGUAGUGCUCUGACUCUUAAGACAGUAGAUGUGGCAUCUCUUUAUGAAGCUGUGCAGUUUCUUACAGAACACAGAUUUGGGAGCUCUUUCAUGGCCUCUGUGGAUCUGGGUGAUUCUGCUCUUCUCUAAGCUGAAGCAUCACUUUUCCAAACAGCAGCUUUCCAUAAUCCGGACUUUUAGCUGGUUGGUUUUCAAAAUCCAAGUUGUUAUUACCAUUAUAAGAAUCUGUCUGCAAUUUUAGAGUAGAAAAAGCCAUUUAUUCCUUCCCCCCCUUCCCAUUCUCUAUUGUUAAAAGAGACAUGUUUGUGAAAAAUGCGUGUUAAAAAGGGGCUGCUUCUUGCAGUGUCUAUUCAUGUAUUAACUAUGAGCUUAGAGAAUUGAAUUCCCAUGUAAAAACUCAUUAGGCACAAGAUUUGAAGACACAAGACAAGAAAUUCUAACCUCCAAGUUAGAAAACUGAAUCACUGCUUGUUGGGGAGGUCAUUUCGCUCCUUACAAAUGGAUGUUAAUAAUAUGCUACUUGGAGAUGAUCCCUGCGUUUCCUGAGCAGUUCUGUUACAUGGAUUAGGCGUUACCUACAUCUCUUACCACUGAGGUUUUAAGUUAUGUUCAGGUUUUCUUUUCAGAAUGGAAAUGUAAAAAUUACGUUGUACAGUGAGAUGAUGUUCAAGAACAACCAAAAAGGCCAGGUUAAGAUCCCAGCAUGUAAGUAUUCUGCUGGAAGACUUCUUACCCUGACUCCCGUUGUUCAGCUCUGUAUAGAGAAUUAUUACGAAAUAAAGGAUUUAUCUUUGUGAAUAGAAA